AUGCUGUUAUACCAAAGCAGCAGCAGCAGCAGCAGCAGCAGCAGCAGCAAGCUGCUGGUAAUGCUGCGAUUCACGGGGAAUCCGCUGCUGCUGCUCAUGGGCAGCAGCAGCAGCGACAGCAGCAGCAGCAGCAGCAGCAGCAGCAGCAGCGGUGACGGACAAAAGCAGGUGGAUGGAGUAGGAACAGCAGCAACAGCAACAGCAGCAGCAGCAGCAGCAGCAGAACCUUAUGUGCUGCCUGAUGGAACCCCGCUGCCCCCCUCUGUCUGUACAGCCAUAGAAACGACAGUGCCUGAGUUGUUUUUUUCUGCUGCGCUGCGGCAGCAGCACCGCAGCUUGCUGCUGCAGGAGUUAUACUCUUCUUCUUCCUCAACAGCAGCAGCAGCAGCAGCGGGAAUUGUAACAGCUGCCCAACACCAGCAACAGCAGCAGCAGCAGCAGGAAGCUGCUGCAGCAGCAGCAGCAGCAGCAGCAGCAACCACUGCUGGGGUGCUGGAGUGUAUAGACAGGUGCGCUGACGCCAUUGUAACAGCUGCCCAACACCAGCAACAGCAGCAGCAGCAGCAGGAAGCUGCUGCUGCAGCAGCAGCAGCAGCAGCAGCAACCACUGCUGGGGUGCUGGAGUGUAUAGACAGGUGCGCUGACGCCUGCCGCCGCUCCGCUAAGAGAGACGUACUGGGGGCCCUCGUGCUGGCGGGGGGCGGCACCCAGUUCCCGGGCUUCGUACGCAGGCUCAAGACAGAGGCUCAAGACAGAGGUGAGCAGCAGCAGCAGCAGCAGCUGCUGCUGCUGCUGCAACUGCUGCAGCAGCAGCAGCAGCUGAAACAGUUGCAGCAGCAGCAGCGGCAGCUGAAGCAGCUGCGAGAAACUUCAGCUGUAACUGCAGCAGCAGCAGCAAAAAGCAGUAACUGCAGCAGCACGUUGCAGCAGCAGAAGCUCAGAGUAGUAUUCGUAGCAGCAGAAGCACGAGCAGCAGCAGCAGCAGCAGCAGCAGCAGCAGUGUGUUGCUGUGUGUAUGCGUUUGUUUCUGUUCAGGUUUCGCAGCUGAGUUUCGCAGCUGAGUGGGUGUGGCGGUGGUCGCCCUCAAGGCAGCAGCAGCAGCAUCAGCAGCAGCAGCAGCAGCAGCAGCAGCAGCAGCGGGCUGCGUGUUGUAUGCAGCAGAGGAGCUGUAGAGAGACAUAUGGCUAG